AUGGCGGACGUGCGAUCAAUGCUCCGGAGCGAACUUGCUUCGCGCAAAGGCACCCCUCCCAACAAUUCUGGGAAUCGCGUGAGUAAGAAGCGCAAGGUUGACAAUGGUGAUGGUAUUAUGCGGAAGAAGUUACGGUCAACUGGCUUGGAUGCUGUCCAGGCUGCGUCCGACGCUCAGCUGAAUCAAUCAUCCGCCGAGGGCUCCGAGCCAGACGAGGAGCUGGAAACUGCCGAAGCGGGUGUACCACUUCCAGAAACAGAGGAAGGACCAACGGAAGAUGGCCAGGCUCCUGAACAAAUCCCAGCCUCAGAACUCCCACUAGCUCCUCCUGUGCCUUCCCAACAACCCGACGUGGACGAAGACGAGUGGGCCGCGUUUGAACGCGACGUGGCCGAGCCAUCACGACUUCCACAUGCGCCGGCAGCGCUCUCUGCCGAGGCAACCAUUUCUGCCGCGCCUGUCACUACAGAAGAGAUUGCUGCGGAGCGGCAAAGCGAUAAGGUCUCAACAGCACGCGCACGCGAGGCGGAGUUGGAAGGCGAACGAGAAGACGCGGCGCGAUUCAUGGAAGAGGAAUUUGAUGAGAUGGAACAACUUGAGGAACGCGUACGACGCCUCAAACAUAUGCGAGAGGAACUGCGACAAAAACAAGCCAAUGAUGAGUCUACGCCAAAGCGUGCCGCCAUGUCGGAGGACCAGCGACCCGCGGAAAGUGAAAGUGAUGAUGACGAUGAUGACGAUGAUGAUUGGGAUGACUGGAGAUUCAAAUGA